AUGAUUAGUAAGAAUAAAGUUAAUAUUAAUAUAUCAUUAAAGCCAAAACUAUCAAUUAAAUUCAAUAAUUCAUUAUCUGGAGUUGAUAUUCUUAAUAAAAAAAUAAAGGGAGAACUUUCAAAUGAUUCAGGAAUUUUAAUUGAUCAACAUCAAAGUUCAUCAUCGAAAAAUCGAAGUUUUUCACCAUCUUUUGAUAAAAUAAUUAUAAAUUCUAAUGAUCAAAAUUUAACAACUUCACAGAAACACAAACAACGAAAACGAAAUCAUCAAAUUCGAAAACAACAAGAACGAAAACAACUUAUUUAUGAAAAAGAAUUAAUUCAUAAAAACCAAUCAUCAUUACGAUUUUCUCAACAACAAAAACAACAUCAUUUAUUAUCGAAACAGAAUG